GCUGUGGCUUGUUGCUUCCACCCAUCGUGCGUUUGUUCGUUUGUGUUUUUUUAAGCAGCGUCUUUUUCCUCUCGACCGUGGCACCUCCCAGACCUCCCGCACCUCACACCAACAAAACACUCGCUCGGGCCUGUGUCUUCUGUUCUGAUUCCAGUCCAGUCCAGACCAAGCACCAAGCACCACGCACGCACGCACGCACGCACGCACGCACGCACGCACGCACGCACGCACGCACGUCUUGCCGCACCAAAGCCAAGCUUGUCGUCGCACGGAGUGUGUGCGCCAUCCAAAAACCGCACCUGCCCGCGUUUGCUGCUCACUUAACGUUGCUUCUUGUGACUUGAGAGCAAAAAAGUGGACUUGUUGGGGUUGUUUCCGCAAGACAGGCAAGCCACAAGUGAGGUAAAGAGCGCAACAGCACGGCCUCAUACGCAAGUCCAACGCGUGGCACGUGAGCCUUCCCGCACGUAUUUCCCGAAGAAGCCGCUUGCCCGCCACGCGCACAAACCACAUCACACUGCGACACAAAGCAACUGAGAAGAAGAAGAACAACAGCCGACGAACGUGUAAAGAAGAAGCAGACAGGCAGGAAGCGAGCAAGGAGCGAGCGCCCGUCUUCUCAGCAUCCGUGCCGCCCUUCCGCCACAACUUUUUUUGUUGUGCUGCUGAUUUUGUUGAAGCUGUCUUCUUCUUUCUUCCCGACUGGCCGCCAUCAUCGUUCGCGGGACGCCUCCACCCCCACACCCUCAACACCACGACCACACGCACCCCACCCUCGCUGCGGUUCGCCAGAACCAACGGGCAUGUCGCUGGUGAUGCCAUUCUCCCACCCUUCGAGUCCACCCCCGUCGUCCGUGGGCAGAUUGGCGCACGUCACGUCAUCGCUGCCCACACGAAGCGACAGUCCCCCGCUCUCACUCGCACACCCAUUCUCCCACCAGGUUGGCGGCCACAGCCCAUGUGCGCGGCUGCGCGACUCAAACCUGGUGUGCAAGCCUGCGUCGCCAAAGGAGCUUCUCUUCUACGAGCGCUUAAGGCCGGACCCGCUCGUCCAGUUUCUCCCAGCAUACCACGGCUCACGUCGUGUGCAGUUCCCGCCACUGCCGCCCUGCGACGGCGAUGUCCAGCACGAGGAUAGCCAGCCCCAUCACCAUCACCAUCAUCACCAUCAUCAUCACCAUCAUCACGAAGUGGAUGAGGAUGAGGACGACAACGGCAGCUGUCCCUCCAGCGGCGAUGACGAAGAUGAGCUGAGUCCGUGGGGCCGCCACUGCUACAACCGACUGCUGAGUAAACAACCCGACCGCGUUCACAACUGCAUUGUGCUCGAGGACCUCACCAGCAAGUUCCGGAAGCCGUGUGUGCUUGACCUGAAGAUGGGCACGCGCACGUACAGCGACGCGGCGUCGGAGAAGAAGGUGAAGCGCGCACAGGACAAGGCGCACACGACCACCACCGCCUCGCUCGGCAUGCGCAUGUGUGGGCUCAAGGUGUACCGACACGACGAGGGCGCAUACGCCUUCCACGACAAAUACGAGGGCCGCGCAGCAUCAGCCACCACAUUCGGCGACUUCAUCUCUGCGUUCUUCGCCGCUGUGCCCGCUGGCCACCGUCGUGCGUUCGUGCGUGCUCUCCUGCACCGCCUGCAGCAGCUGCGCGCCGCCAUCGCCUCCAUCACCCACUACCGCUUCUACUCAAGCUCCCUCCUCCUCGUCUACGACGCCAUGCCAAGCGAGGAGGACCUGUCCCUGGGGCGGUUUUCGGACAUGGUGGACCUGCGCAUGAUCGACUUUGCCAACACGAGCUGCUACGUCGACGGCGCCGACCCCGUCCCGCAAGGGCUCAACCCAAACACCCCAGAUGAGGGCUACUUGUUUGGCCUGGACAACUUGCACGCCUUCCUGCAGAAGCAACUGCUGUUGGACCCGUGAUGUGCACGUGCAUAAAGCUGCACACAUGCGCGCAAUGUUGAAUUUCCAGUCCUUUCACGCGCUUGGCACUGUCGUUUGUUGUUUUGUCGCCAACACUCCUGCUGCUGCUGUUUUGUUGUUUUGUCACUUACGCCGUGUUGGGCCGUGAUGUGAUGUUCGCCAGCAGCAGGCGUUGUUGACCCAUGUUGAUGUGAUGCAGACAUGUGCCAUAGCUUGAUAGUCAUAGCUUAACUUGUAGUGGGCGCACCCGUUCUCGCUUGUUUUGUCAUAUUGAUGCCUUGCUUGCUUGACUGAUUGCUUCAUUUGAUAUGAAUGACUCACUGAUUGACACCACGCCGCAACCACGCGUUUUGUGGCUGCUGCUUCUCGGCUCCCUAGCCUCCUUCUGCCCCCCCCCCUCGCUCCCUUUCUCUUCUGCUUCUUCUUCCUCGUUCUAUGCGAUGCUGAUGGUUUGUGCUGUGCAUUCCGUUGUUGCUGUUCGAUCAAGCGCUCGCUCGCUUGUAUUCACUCCUUUCUGUUGGGCUGUGGAGACAGAGACGGAGUGCUGUGUAGUCUUGUUGUGUGGUGUAUGGUCUCCUGUGUGCUUCUACCGGCGAUAUCUGAACCACAUUAAACAACACAACCGAC